AUGCUACUAAUUGACAAUGCGCCAGGUCAUCCUCCCGCAACUCUAAUUAAUUUCGAUCCACGUGUGGAAGUUGUAUUUUUGCCACCAAACACUACCAGCAUGCUUCAACCAAUGGACCAGGGAGUCAUUAAAACAUUUAAAGCUUACUACACAAGGCGGUCAUUUGCACAUCUACAUGAAGCUAUGAGACAAAACAAUGAGCUUUCUGUUAAAGACUUUUGGAAGCAAUUCAAUGUUUUAGAUGCUGUAAGAAUUAUUGGACAAUCUUGGAAUGAGGUUUCACAAAAAACUCUCAAUGGUGUCUGGAAAAAACUGUGUCCAUUUUUUUUCACCUCUGAAACCCAAGGAGAAACCAUUUCAGAUCCUGAACAAAUCGAUAGCAUAAUAGAAGAAGUGGUCGAUAUCGGCAAGCAAUUAAAUUUAGAGGUCGAUAAUGAUGACGUUCAAGAAUUGCUAGAUUCACACAAUCAAGAGCUAACAAUUGACGACGUUAUAGAAAUGCGUAAGUAUGAGCAAGAUAUUGACCAAACUGAUUCGCUAGACCCAGUUGAAUCGGUAAAUCAAAUGACAAUUGCAAACUUAACAGAAGGGCUCAAUUCAAUUGAAAAGGGGUUACAAAUUUUAGAAAAAAUUGAUUCUAAUGAAGAACGCAUUUCUACUACAAAACGAGGGAUAAAAAAAUUACUGGUAUGCUACGAGGAAAUUUUACGUGAAAAGAAGACAAAUUUAACUCGUCAGGCAACACUGUUAGAAUAUAUGAAGCCUUCGACAUCAAAAUAA